CCUGUACUAGGCCCUGGCGGCGGGGAGGGGGCUGCUGGCGAGUAACUGUCCUGGGGGAGGCGGGGUCUGAGCCGGCGCUGGAGGCCUGGGGCCAUGGUGUCCGGGGUGUAGUGGAGGCGCCGGGCGGAGCAGCAGGGGGCACCAUGAUCAUUGAGAACGUGGACGCCCUCAAGACCUGGCUGGCCAAGUUACUGGAGCCGAUAUGUGAUGCAGACCCUUCAGCCUUAGCUAACUAUGUUGUGGCAUUAGUCAAGAAAGACAAACCAGAGAAAGAGCUGAAGGCUUUCUGUGCUGAUCAGCUAGACGUCUUUCUGCAGAAAGAAACUUCAGGUUUUGUAGAUAAACUGUUUGAAAGUCUGUACACAAAGAACUACCUUCCUUCCCUUGAACCAGCAAAACUAGAACCGAAGCCCGCAGGUCAGGAAAAAGAAGAAAUCAAAGAGGAGGUAAUAUUAACUUCCCAUCCACCUGCUUCUAUAUUUCAAGAGUCGUUUGAGGAAGAACGAGAUGGCAGGAAAAAGAAGUAUCCUAGCCCACAGAGAAACCGUUUAGAUUCUAAUGAACAAAGAACCAGAGAGAAAAAGAGAGAUGAUGGCAAAUGGAGAGACUAUGACAGAUACUAUGAUCGGAAUGAUUUAUAUAGAGACAAAUACGACUGGCGAAGAGGCAGGAGUAAAAGUCGUAGUAAAAGCAGAGGCUUAAGCCGAAGUCGUAGCCGCAGCGGGGGUAGAAGCAAAGACCGGGAUCUGAACAGAAAUAUUGCAGAACACAAGGAGAGAGCAAAAUUCAAGAGUGAAAGGAAUGACAUGGAGAGCUCGUAUAACCCAGUGUCUUUGUCAUCCAGUAAUUCUACUGAACAGUAUUCCUCUGCGCAGUCUAUUCCCAGUGCUGUUACUGUGAUUGCACCUGCUCACCAUCCUGAGAACACAACAGAGAGCUGGUCAAAUUAUUAUAAGAAUCAUAGUGUUCCCAAUUCAUUUGGCAGAAAUCCUCCGCCUAAAAGACGAUGUCGAGAUUAUGAUGAGCGAGGAUUUUGUGUACUUGGCGACCUUUGCCAAUUUGAUCAUGGAAAUGACCCUUUAGUAGUAGAUGAAGUUUCAUUGCCAAGCAUGAUUCCUUUUCCACCACCACCCCCAGGACUCCCCCCUCCUCCUCCUCCUGGUAUGCUAAUGCCUCCAAUGCCAGGCCCAGCUCCCAGUAUGAGAAUGCCAGGCCCACAAGUACAUCCUCGGCCACCACCUCCUGUCGUGCUUCCUGUAUCAAGACCACCUUUAACACAGUCAAGUUUGAUGAAUAACCGUGACCAGCCUCGGACAAGUGCAGUGCCCAAUCUUGCACCAGUGGGAGCAAGACUACCUCCUCCUUUACCCCAGAACCUACUGUAUACAGUAUCAGAACAUACGUAUGAGCCAGAUGGUUAUAACCCUGAAGCACCUAGUAUCACCAGUGCUGGUAGAUCUCAGUACCGACAGUUCUUUACUAGAACACAGACACAGCGUCCAAAUCUGAUUGGCCUAACAUCUGGGGAGAUGGAUACAAAUCCAAGAGCGGCGAACAUUAUCAUCCAGACUGAAACUCCCAUUUCCAUUGCAAAUAACAGCAGCAAUGUAACCAGAGUGGUGCUUGAGCCAGACAACAGGAAAAGACCUCCAAGUAGCAUGGAAGGGCCAUCUGUAAAGAAACCCUGGAUGGGAAAGCAAGCCAAUAACCAGAAUAAACCAGGAUUUCUGAAAAAGAAUCAAUACACUAACACCAAGCUGGAAGUUCGAAAAAUCCCACCUGAGUUGAAUAAUAUUACACAACUCAAUGAACAUUUCAGCAAAUUUGGAACUAUUGUUAACAUUCAGGUUGCUUUCAAGAAUGAUCCUGAAGCUGCUUUAAUUCAAUAUUUAACUAAUGAUGAGGCCAGAAAGGCCAUUUCCAGCACAGAGGCAGUUUUAAACAAUCGAUUUAUAAGGGUGCUGUGGCACAGGGAAAAUGAGCAGCAGCCACCACUGCUGCAGCAACACCUGCACCAUCACCAGCAGCCACCGCCACAAUCUCUGCAUCACCAGCUUCAUCUUCAACAACAAACGCUGACUGCCCAACCUCCAGCUGCAACAGUACAUAGCAAUGUGUCAAAGGUGAUAACUAAACCCCUGGCAUCGGGUGCCUAUGUCCUUAAUAAGGUUUCAGUUAAACGUCGCCUUGGAGCAGCGGGUGGAAACCAGACAGAUGCAGCACAUUUGUUAAACCAGUCCAGUGCUACUGCAGAAGAUUCUCAGACAUUUCCUACUUCUGCAAGCCAUACCAAAAUGGUGUAUAAUUCCCCAAACUUAAAGACAUCUGUGAAAUCUGGCACAGGAUCUAAAUCCCAUGAUGUUCAAGAGGCCCUUAAAAAGAAACAGGAGGCAAUGAAAUUACAACAAGAUAUGAGAAAAAAGAAGCAGGAGAUGUUAGAAAAACAAAUAGAAUGCCAAAAGAUGUUGAUAUCUAAGCUGGAGAAAAAUAAAGCUACGAAACCAGAGGAGAGGGCAGAAAUAAUGAAGACCUUGAAAGAACUAACAGGAAAAAUCUCUCAGUUAAAGGAUGAAUUGAAAACUUCUUCUGUAGCCUCCACGGCAUCAAAACUGAAGUCCAAGACAGAGGCACAAAAGGAGCUUUUAGAUGCAGAACUGGACUUUCAUAAAAGAUUGUCUUCUGGAGAAGAUACAACAGAGUUGCGGAAAAAGCUCAGUCAACUACAGGUUGAGGCUGCCCGUUUAGGUAUCUUACCUGUAGGUCGAGGGAAGGCGGUAUCUGCUCAGGGCAGAGGAAGAGGACGAGGUCGUGGUGGGAGAGGAAGAGGCACAUUGAAUCAUAUGGUGGUCGAUCACCGCCCCAAAGCUCUAACUGUUGGUGGCUUCGUAGAAGAGGAGAGAGAUGAAUUAUUACAACAUUUCUCUAAAUUUGGAGAUAUUGAAGACCUCCAAGAAGAGGAUUCUCCUUUAAGUGUCAUUCUGACUUUUAAGUCCCGCUCAGAAGCUGAAAAUGCUGCUAACCAAGGAUUAAGAUUCAAAGACCGAAGACUACAGAUAUCAUGGCACAAACCUAAGGUACCGUCUGUGUCCACAGAAAUUGAGGAAGAGGAGUCCAAGGAAGAGGAGACUGAAACCUCAGAUUUAUUUUUGCACGAAGAUGAUGACGAUGAUGAUGAAGAUGAAGAUGAAUCCCGUUCUUGGAGAAGAUGAAACUUGAUUUGGAAUUGUAUAGUUUUAGGAAUAUAGUUUGAACUACAACUUUUAAAAAUUUAUUUAAGAAAGUUGAUGAGCCAAAAAAAAUUAUUUUAUUUUACUUUUCAAAACACACAGUAGAUUUCAAGUGAGAACAAGUUUGUGAUAUGAACGUGACAGAUACUUAGCUGUGAUACUAGGUCAGCCAAAGGCCCAAUGACUUUUUAUAGAGUUAUAAAGAUCAUCAGUGAUGGUAGUCCUCCUAUAAAGAAGAAACUUAUGAAUAUUGUCAAGCCCUUUUUUCACACCACCUGUAUUAUCUUGUUUUUUAAUGCUUUGAUUUAUUAGAUAUAAAUGAAAAAAUGUUACAGGCUUUAUUUAGUAAUAUUAUAGGGUUGCAGGAGAGAGCUGCAGACACAUUUUCAUUAAAUGUCAAUUGCCUCAUGUUUGCUAACUCAAAAAGGGCAACAUUUUAUUACAUGUGAAGUCAGCUAUUGUAGGAAAUAUUUGUGUCUGAAUUCAUUUUUUGCUUAAGACCUGUCUUGAGAGCCACACACAACUUCAGUGUAGAAGACCCCAAAUUUUCUGCCUUCUAGUGUUUUGUCUUUUGUUUCCUCUUGCAUACGUUAAUAGGGAAUUAGCAUGAUACUGCCUGGUACUAGUCCACAGUAAAUUGCUUUAAAUCCUGUUUCACUGUGAAACAUUAGCAGUGACACUGAUAUGUGUCAUUAGCAUAUUGUUUCCAUUCUUUCACUGUCAGUGUCAAUUCCUUCUCACAGUUUGGAUGCAAGAGUCAAGCUUAAUCCAGGCUGAUUUAUUGCAUUGUCAGUAUUGGUAAAUAUCAAUCCUGUUAAACUGUAUAGAGUUCUAAAACAAGCAACCAUGAGAACCCUCUUCUCUCACCUCCGCAAUAUGACCAGGUCUGUCACUUUUAUUAAUAUUCAGGCCAAACCCAUACAGUGUUCAGAGCAAGUUUUAUUGUUUUUUGGCCCAUGGAAGGUCAAUAUCCUAUUACACCAAACCAGCACUUUAAGUGAUAUGAUUCUUAAGGCUAGUGUUUAAAACUCACUUUAAGAUAUAAAUACGAAUAGUUUUCCUAAAGGGCAGUUUCAUUUAAAAGCAGGUAAAACGGACAAUGAAAUUUUCAAUUGCCUUUGUCUUUAUACCACUUUAAAACAAAAAAGCACCAAAAAAGAAAUGAUGGUGAUUUUGGUAGAAAUGGGGCUAAGAAGUUUAGACCCUCAAGAGCCAUAGAUCUUCAUAACUCUGUUAUGUGGGUCUUGCUGUUCAUGAGCAUAAAUACAUUAUCCAGUAGGCUUUUUCCUUCACUCUGUAGGCAUCUGUACUGUACACUUUGUACAGUUAGAGUUAUCUGGUAUGUAAGUAGCCAUGUAAAAUAGUGUCUUUGCAUUCUAAAUGUCAGUUUGAAGGAGCAGAGCAAACACUCUCUUACCAACUGCUGGGAUUCUAAACAGCUUAUUAUAUACAUGUACCAAAUGCAUACAUUCUUGGCUUUAGAAAUCAUAUAUUGCUUUCAGAUAUUAAGCACACUAGAGUAUUUGGCAACUGUUUCCUGAUUCAAAAUAAAUACAACAUGUACCAGAAAUUUUAAUUUAGGCUAAACAUAGCUAGUUACUUGAAGUCAUGUUCUUUCAGGUUGCCCCUCAUACUCUUCCUCUCCGUUUGAAUAUCCUUUUGCUGUGGUAAUAUGUAAAAGAAGCCAAAACUUUAUCGCUUUAAGUUUCAGUGUCAGUUGGAGGGAAUAUGUCCUUCAAUAUUUCCCCCCUUCAUAUUAAGACUUCCAUUUUCUAAUUAAAUACUGCAUUCCUACUACUGCUGAGUCUAAAUUUAUGAAGGAAUGAUGAAAAAACAUAAAUACUUUGAACCUAGAAGAAUAAUCCUUGCUUUUCUCCCACCAUCUCUAAUAUUUUCUUAAUGUCUGUGGCUCAGUGUAUGUUUUGAUAGAUCCAUUACAGCAAAUGUUUGAGUCCUGACAGUUUAAAAAAUGAUAGAGGGAACAAAGGAUUUAUAUAUUUUUUUUGUACAGAGUUUUUUCUUAAACUGUAUAAUUUUGUAAAUAUUUUGCUUUUUGUGUACUAAAACUACCAGCGUAUAGAUUUCAAUAAGAAUUGUUGUAUUUUUGUAUUUGGAAACUACAGAUUACAGUGAACGAAUGAAGCUGUAAGGCAGUGUUUUUCUCAAACUGGGGUCAUCGCUUGUGUAGGGAAAGCCCCUUGCAGGCUGGGCCGGUUUGUUUACCUG